AUGGAGGCCAGCCAGUUAAAAAUAGCUGAAAAACUGAUAAUUUUAAAUGAUCGAGCGAUUGGUAUGCUGAUUCGACUUUAUAAUAUAAAGAAAAAUGGAGAUUCCAACGCAAAACCACAAUUCUUGAGCGACAAGAAAAUGGAGAAUGCGAUUAAGCAUAUUGUACGAAAAUUUCCUGUUGUGGAUUGCAGAUCGAAUUCAUCGACAUUUGAACAUUUGGCAUCGAUGAAAGUAGAAGUAACCCAAUCUCUGGCUCUGUAUUACUACACAUUUGCGGAUUUGCUGGAUUUAAAAGAUCAAAUUAUGAAUCUUCUAACGACAAUGGAAACCUGCCAAUGUCAACUGGAUAUCACUUUAAAUUAUGAUUUAACUAAUGGAUACUUGAACCUUAUUGUAAGCUUGAUAAGUCUGAUGAUUCUUUUGUCAAGAAUCGAAGAUCGCAAAGCUGUAUUAGGAGUCUUCAAUGCAGCAUACGAUCUUCAAAAUGGUCAAAGUGAAUCGUCAUUUCCGAGGUUGGGUCAAAUGAUAUUAGAUUACGAAAGUCCCUUAAAGAAACUUCAUGAAGAUUUGUUACCAUUGAAUAGGGUAAUUUAUACUGCACUUUCAUCGUUAUCAAGUGUUUAUGUAAGAAGAAAUAUGACAGCCGAAAUGUGGCGAAAAUCUCAAAUAUUCUCGAUAACAGCAAACCCGCAGCAAAUAUUACACGCAGCUCAAACAGAUACAAUUGCCUGUGAGUAUCUCUCAUUAGACGUCAUGGAUCGAUGGAUUGUCUUUUGUGGAACCGUCUGUUACUCUUCCCUGUUGAACGAUGAAAGUAUAUUUCAAAUGUGGAGACUGGCUCUUCAAAUGGGAACAUGCCUGAGACUAUUCCGCGAUGAAGUGUUUCACACUCAUCAUGAAAUUCAGCAUUUUUUGGAAUCGUCGAAAGGAAACAGUAAAAAGAUUCAAGAAGUUAAAGAUUGUUACGCAGUGGCAUUACAGCAAGCAGUCGCAAUUCAUGCGGAUCGACGCCGAUUUUUGCGAACAUCUCUUCGGGAGCUUAAUUUGUUGAUUAAAGAUCAACCGGGCUUGUUAGGUCCGAAAGUGCUGUUUAUAUGGAUGGCUUUAUGUGCUGCUCGAGAUGAAAUUCUUUGGAUUCUACGACAUCAAGUAGAGUGGCCGACAUCAAGCAAAAAAGGAAUAAAAUCUGCUGAUGAAUUGAUUGACCGACAACUUCCUGAGCUCAUUCACUAUGUUUUGGAAAUUCGUGAUCUCGUUCACAAGCAUUCUGAUAUUAUUCACCGGUAUUUUAUGCAAUAUGUGACGAGUUAUGAUUCAUUGGUCGCUUCUGAGAUGGUUACUAGUCUCAACGGGUUUCAAGAGGAAGAAGCCGUGUUAAUUUCCGAUUUUGCUCAUUCACUCGGAAAUUUGAAUUCGGACACCGAUUUUCGUUCGCUGAGGUUGGAUUGGUUCCGAUUUCAGGCGUGGACAUCAGUUUCUCGAUCGACAUUUUCAUUGAAAAACAAUCGACCAUUUGCUGUUAUGAUGAAUACGGCAGUUUUUCACCUAAAAAUGAUCGAUCUACAAGAUGAAAUGUUGAGAGACACAAGCGACUUGUCCAUUUAUUGUUUCUACCACAAACUAGCCGAACGUCAUUGGCAAACGUGUCUUCAACUUCCAGCUCAAUCCCGCUAUGCCUUGAGUUUUGCUCGAAUUUCCAGUCAUUUUGUCAGUGCUCUUCAUGAUAUGUGUCCCGAGGAAAAGACAUUCAUUACAGAAAGAGCGUUAGCUCAAUGUAACACUGUAAUUGAAGAAACGUGCCGAAAAGUAUGCGAUGUUCUUCAAAAAAUGUCUGAAUACGAAGUUCGACUUGCGGAACAAUUUUCUCCUUCCACUGUUGUUAUUCGAGUUGUCGCUCAGGUUUUACAACAAAAGGGCGGAAAGGCAGCAGCGGCUGCGAUUCAAGCUGCUCGGGACGUUGUUGUUGCUGGAGAAGAGAGCCAUCGAGUUAAUCGUCAAACUCUAACUCUUCCAGAUAAGCUUCAAACUGCAUUGUUAGAACUUUGUUGUGCAUUGGGAGCCCAACGACAAAUCGUGGUAGCCGACCAUGCAUUUGCACCGAAAGCUUAUUUGACUCAAGCUCUUGAGGCGAAAUUCGUUGAACUUUUGCAUCUGAUGUUUUGGGAAGGACAACCAGGGCACAGCAAUCCGAGAAGACCAAGUGAUUUGUUAAUGGCUCUACAAGCAUAUAUGACAAUGUUGCAAAACCUGGACACAGCGAUUACGUUAGAUAUUAGUCAUUUGAUGCAAACUGUUCUUCUUCAACAGACACAGUCUCUGGAUUCUCGAAAUAAGGACACGAUUACAGUUUUGUAUACAAAAUGGUAUUUGGAAGUUUUGUUAAGAAGGGCUUCGUCAGGUCACAUGAUUUGGAGUGAACAUCUGCGGACGAUGCUCGCUACAUCUCAAGAGGAAUUGCCUUUUCUUCCUGAACAUUAUUCGGAUCAUCUUGAACUACGAUCACUUGUUCAGUUGAUUGGUCCGUAUGGCGUUAAAUUUAUGUCGGAACGUCUCAUUUGGCAUGUCGCCAGUCAAAUCAACGAAUUAUAUAAAGUGGUUGUGCAAUAUAGAGAAGUUUUGCAAGUAGCUCGUUCCAACUUUGACAAUGGAGAGAAAAUGCGCGAAAUUCUCCAAAUUCUGAGUUUGGAAACGAAAGACAAAAAAGGAUCAAGUAUAUCAUGUCCAGCGGACGCAAUCCUAAGGAGAAUUAUAAUUAUUGGUCAAAUAUGUGCAUUCCGUGAUGCGAUUCAUGAUGCUCUUCGUCAAGUCUUGGAUGCGAGAUUACCGUUUAUUCAGGCUUCGUUUAAUAUGUUCUACAAUAAUGUGGACGAUUUGGGAAAAGUUAAAAUAGGAGAGUUAUCUGCAUCACUUGGUGUCACGGGUCCUGUCGAUUUAGCCCUUAUUAAUGCCAUAAGAUCAACUACACCGCCAAAUAUGAACCGAGAAGAGCAUUAUUUGAAUAGCUGUCUUUUGAUGGUUGCCAUAGCAAUUUGUAUGCCAAGGAUAGGGAUGUCAGAACUUUCAACGUAUAAGCCGACAGUUCAAGCUAGUCUUAAUAAUUGCCAUUGUGUCCCGCUUGCUGUCAACACUAUCGGCGCCGCAUUGUUCCAAUUUCACGAGAAGGGAGACAUUGCACAAAGGAUGAAGGAAUUCUUGGCGCUGGCUUCGUCAGGAAUCCUACGCACAAUUCAGGAGCGCGACGGCAUGAAACCGUCGCACGAGGAUAUUCUCCGAUCACACACCACAUUGUAUAUAAUACUCGAACAGAUGGUUCGAAAAAGUCGUUGGAUGUCAAUGGAUGUUCUCGAAGCAUGUUUUCCGUACAACUUAGUCCGUACCGCCUAUCAACAAUGCUUCGAAGCAGAUUCGGUUUAG